UCCUCCUCCUUCUCCUCCCUCGCUUGAGCGUCGCUGCCUGGGCCGUCUCAGUCUUAGGGAUGGGGGAUUAGAGGCUGCACCGUCCAACUACCUGUGUGGCCCCCGCAUGGAGGACAGUGGACAGGGAGAUGCGUUUGAUGCAGGACGCUUUUUUUGUUGUAUUGUCCGGGCUACGAAUGCCUCCUCAGCAUUUCCUCGGACAUGCCGAAGUUACGACAUUUUUAUUGACAACAUAUACCAAGGCAUUGCACGUGCCCACUUUUUUUUCUGUGAAUGCGCCUUUAUGAGAAACCCUCUGGCUCGUCACCCUGGCCGGGAUUCCCCGCAGUAGUUUUCAACCAGAGACGAGGAGACAACAAGACACACGCGCACGCACACACUCUGCAAACAUGGACAAGGAAAGCACGGGUACUCAGUAUGAACCCGUGGCCGAGAUCGGAGAAGGCGCGUACGGGAAGGUGUACAAGGCGAGAGACCUGAAGAACGGAGGGCGCUUCGUAGCCCUGAAGAGGGUUCGCGUGCAGACGGAGGAAGAGGGGAUGCCUCUCUCCACCAUCCGGGAGGUGGCGGUACUGAGGCAGCUCGAGGCGUUCGACCACCCCAAUGUUGUGAGGUUGUUUGACGUGUGUACGGUCUCGCGGACGGACAGAGAAACCAAGCUCACCCUGGUCUUUGAGCACGUGGAUCAGGACCUGACCACCUACCUGGAGAAGGCCCCCGAUCCCGGAGUACCGCCCGAGACCAUUAAGCAUAUGAUGUACCAGCUGCUCCAGGGGCUGGACUUCCUGCACUCGCACCGAGUGGUUCACCGUGACCUGAAGCCCCAGAACAUCCUGGUGACCAGCGGAGGACAGAUCAAGCUGGCCGACUUUGGUCUCGCCCGCAUCUACAGCUUCCAGAUGGCGCUCACCUCCGUGGUGGUGACCCUGUGGUACAGAGCCCCAGAGGUGCUGCUCCAGUCCAGUUACGCCACACCGGUGGACCUGUGGAGCGUCGGCUGCAUCUUCGCCGAGAUGUUCAGGAGAAGACCGCUUUUUCGAGGAAACUCAGAUGUUGAUCAGCUGGGGAAAAUUUUUGACGUUGUCGGGGUACCUUCGGUGGAGGACUGGCCCCAGGAAGUGGCUCUGCCACAGACUGCUUUCACAUCCCGGCACCCGAAGCCCAUAGAGGACUUGGUCCCAGACAUGGACGAGCAAGGACGGGCCCUCUUAAUGCAAUUCCUCGCCUUCAAUUCCUCCAGGAGGAUAUCUGCCUUCGUUGCGCUCAGCCACCCCUACUUUCAAAGUGUGGACAGCCUCAGUAGGAGUGUGUACGCGGCGCAGCCGAUCCCGAGCAACAAGCCCACUAUGGAGGAGAGGACUGCCUGACUGUCCUCCUUCACCCUUAAUCAUCCGUGCAGCGUCUAUAAAAAGUAUUCCGCGCACCCCGCCCUGGUCUGUUUUUCCAGAUUUAUUGUUUUUACAACGUUAAAUCAAAGUGUGUUAAUAAAGCUUUUUUUUUGGCACUGAUGUACAGAUAAAUCCUACAUGUCCAAUUGAGAAUAAAUAGUUCAGAUAGAUGUCAUUUAAGUGCAAAUGUACAAAAUUGACGCAUCUUGCAGGCUUAAAUCUAUAUGAUUACAUCUUUUCACAUGCUGCUUUGCGUGCGGCCUCGUGCUGAGCGUAACUGAGCAGCAAUUUUCAAGUUCUUAAACAAAUUAUGUCUGGAUUCAUCAGCAUCGGGCCUAAGAUUGUUGGUGAUGAAGCUCGGUCUUGGCCUCAUCCCACAAUGGAGCCUUCUGAUCCCAAAUGCCUUUGUGCAGGGAAAAGCCUCCAGGCAGCAGUUUCUGUAGAGUGGAGGUCUCCCAUCUCAGUGAGGGGACCUUGUACCUUCUUCAGGGCCCUCUGACGUCACUGUGGCCUUUUGGCCUCUGCGCAGAGAACCGUUACUUUUUGAGGACGACCUGCUCUACACAGAUGUAUACAUUAUACUUAAGUGCCUUCUCCUUUUACUGGUACCGUAGCUCAAUUUUUCUUUUAUAACCUCGUUGUAGAUUGGUCCGAGGUUUAGCUCUGCAGAAACGUUUAAAUCCAUUUUUAGAGAUUUGUUUUCUCUACAUCUUUAAAAGUGACUUGUUUUUUUACAAUGAUCAGUGUCAAAGAAAAGCUUAAUCAACACAGAACGACAUGAACCGAGGGGGGCGCACACUUUUUUUUUUUAUAGCGGACGCACACCUGAAGAGAGGGUAACGAUAGUGUCAAGAAAGACGACACCAGCGCUCCCACCCACUGAAAAAUGCACAAAAGCUAUCCUCCUUCCAUGAACUGAUGGAUUGUAAUUGCUGCUUUUAGGUUGUUGAGGAUUGACUGUGUUAACAAUGAAAAAGACUUGCAUCUCACGUCGACUGGUAGUCGUGGGCGAGCAGACUGCCGAGGCCAUGAAGCAGAGGCCUCCUCAUGACCAGUGUUUAGACCCCCCCCCCGCCCUUUCCUCCCUGUUGACUGGGGGACCGGACCACACAGGACUCUGGACUUUCUGCCUGCUGUGGGUGUGUGCGCAGAGCAGUACAAGAUAUGUACCAAUGCAUUUUAGAGUGUGCACUACCACUGACGUUGGCACGCAUAUGUACACACCCACUUAUCGAGACCCCUCACUGCCAUGUUGUGUCUAUCAUUCCAGUCCUGUGCACGGCCCAUAGUGCCGCCACCUUGAGGAUGUCCCGAGUAGCAACAGACCAGUAGCGGGAUUCUAAUGGUUUCUGCACUCUCCUGGGAACCAACGGGCUGAUAUCGGUGCUGAGACAAGAAUGAAAGAAUAGAAACGCUCCUGCCACUCACUAGUUUGCCAUCAUGGGUUUUAUCAUUAUAAGAUACAAUUAUUUACUAUUCGAAUGUUACAGUAAUGCACAGGCUUGCAAUAGGUGGAGAAAGUCCCACCAGCACUAUUUGACACAGAAUAGUGUCGCCAAUCUUGUGUAUUUAAUUUAAAUUUUAUUGACAAGUCUUAUAUGCUUGUUUUUUAAUCAAGUUGUUACUUGAUUUAAAGAUGCUGUGGCAUAGAAUGUUAUUACACCAACUGUUUAAACAAUUCUAGAAUUUGUGUAAGAAUAGUUUUGACAGUGUAAGAAAUGUAUAAAGGAUUGGCAGUGGUACUGUACAGUAUAGAGAGCUAAACUUUUGAUAUGCGCAUCGUCAGCCUAUAGAAAUGUCAUAAAAAUGGAUAGAUGUAGGGUAGAGAGGGUCUGCGGAAUGUUGUUUGGCAAGACUAUUUUGGCCCAGUGAAAAUCUUUUGUGGCCUCUGUGGGUGCAUGUUGCAUUUCAUCUGCUUUGGAUUGAAGCUUUUGAUCAUGAAAUAAUGCACAAAUAUUUAGUGUACAGUUUGUGCUUAUUUUCCGGUCCUGUCCAGUUGCAUUCAAGUUCAGUUAUUUUUUACCAGAAAGGAAAAAGCAAGUAAUGCAGAGUUGUAUUUUUGUAUGUAGUAGUUCUUUCACAGAACAGUAACAUAUUUUAACACUGGUUUACAUUCUCUUAACAGGUAGUGCUGCUAGCGCACAAACACACAGACACACACUCUGACUUUCUCAGGUUUCCGGUAUGGUUGUCCGAACCUCUCGGGCACAGUUUGCACAUCUCUGGGCUACUAACUGACCACAUCACAAAACUCCUUCAGGUUUUCUUUUUUCGAGCUGUUCCAUGAUCAUGUCAUUGAUCACAGUCUACUGUCAUUGCUAUUUAUCAAUUAUAUGUUACUGUAGUCAUUACUGUCUGAAGAUAGCUGCCUGUAUUUUCCCACCAGAAACUUGUAAUUGCUAGACGGUCCAUCACAAUGUUGGUUCAUGUAUAAUUGUGUGUGAAAUGUUUGGUAACGAUUCACAUCUGUUGUCCGGGAUGCGCACAAUGCACAAUGUGUUAUUGAAAACAAUGACUGUUAACACAUUUCAAUCUCAGAACACCGAACUGAAGUCAACUGUUGAGCUUUCAAACUUGAACUUUUUUUUAAACCAACGUGGCUUCAUCCUCCGUACAACUCAAAUGACACAUUAUGUUACUGUGACAUAUUUCUUAUUAGCAUACGGAAAUGGCAACUGGGAACAACACAAUCAUGGAAUUAUACUCAUGUAUGAAUGCAGGCAUUGGUGUAUUGUUAUUGUGUUGCACCAGUUGAAUAAAAAGCAGCUUUUUGUGAGAA